UUACUUUCUACUGUUUCCACUUCCUCUCUGACCCACAGCUGAAUGCAAAUGUGUUUUUUUUCCUUCACAUUUUUUCCGUGUUGAACGCGUGAAGCAGCAGUCACGUGACACCCGACAGGUGCGGCCGCUACUCUGUUAGUGCAGAGUCUUCUGUAAAGAGCUUUGAGUCUCUACAGUUUUUUUAUUAUCACCUGUGAGCGGAUUUUAGCCACACCUGAGUCCACCUGACAGGAAGACUUAAAGAGAACCUGGAAUAAUGCGGGUCUCCUCCAUGAAGAGCGUUUUCCUGCUGAUUGGAAGUUUCUGCUUCAUCAUUUGCAUCUUUUUAUACAGAAGAUCCAUCAGUCUGCAGGCAGCAGGUGGCAGCACUGAGACUCCAGGUGAAGCUCUGCUGAACUUGGAGGCGUACGCUGCAGCUGCAGAGGAGGAGACGAUAGACGCACCAUGUUCUCUGAGAAAGGUGGUGAGGGACGACCCGUUCCUCAGGAAGAAGUUCAACUUCUCGUUGCCAGUUCUUCAGUGGGCCGGAAGUUUCUCCAAACCAACCUGGAAGCAGUUGAGAAGCAAAAUGCCUCCGUACGGCUGGAAGGGACUUCCUGUUAGAGUCCUCGAGUCAACCCUCUCCCUCCUCAACAGCUCUCAGCUCUUUCAUCGCAGCUCACCUGGCAGGUGUGUUCGCUGUGCUGUGGUUGGGAACGGGGGGAUCCUUCGAGGGUCCCGACAGGGGAAGAACAUCGACAGCCACGACUUUGUCUUCAGGAUGAAUGGAGCGGUGAUCAGAGGGUUUGAGGAAGACGUGGGAACAAAGAUCUCUUUCUACGGUUUCACCACCAACACCAUGAAGCACGCCCUCAGCUGGUACCGCUCAGAUGGAUUCACCAGAAUCCCUCAGAACCCGGACAUCAAAUACAUCUUCAUCCCAUCAGACCUCAGAGACUACGUGAUGAUAGCAGCUGCUGCUCAGGACCAGGCUGUUAACUCAGGCAGAGAUAGGGGGGACAGACCCUGGAAAUAUUUUGGCCACAAACCACCUCAAAGCUUCAAGAUGCUCCACCCAGGAUUCAUUUCCUACAUUACAAACAGUUUCCUGCCAUCACAUCUGCUGAUAAACAUCAGGACUCGUCACCUGUACAUGCCGAGCACCGGAGCUCUGAUGCUGCUGGCUGCCCUGCACACCUGUGACCAGGUUUCUGCCUUCGGCUUCAUCACCAGGAACUUCGCUGACUUCUCAGAUCAUUACUACGACUCGGUGCAGAGACCUCUGAGGUUCUUCUCCAACCAUGACCUGAGGAUGGAGGCUUGGCUGUGGGAGGCGCUGCACCUCCGGAGGAUCCUCACGCUGUACCAGAGGAGCGGAGGAGGAGAUGAUGGAGGCGGAGAUGGAGGAAGUAGGAGAUGACAUAGGAGGCGGAGAUGAUGGAGGAGGUGGAGGAGACGACAGACUGCAGAGAGGAAGAAGUUCUGUGUUCAGUUUUUCCUCCUCCAGCCUCUUAUUGUUUUUUUAUCCUCCUGUAAAGAUUUAUUUCAGAAAGUCGGACUGAGCUUUUCUAAAACCUGAAACCACGCCGCCGAGCGAAGCCGCUUCCUGAGUUAAACACGAGAACAUUUCAUUCAUCAGAAACAUGAGAAGCUUUGAGAUGAACAAAGAGUUUUUCUUUCAAACCAGGAGACAAAGUGAUUAUUUCUACUGUGUUUUACUGCUGCACACAGACACUUCUUAUCAUUUUGUAUUUAUUGAACACAGAAGACUGAAUGUUUAGUUAAUGAAACUAAUGAGGAAUACUAUUAAAUUUUUGUUGUUUUUUUGCACUAAUAUCUAUGAAGAUUUUUGCCAUUUUCUUGCCCGUUGCU